GUUUUUGAUAGUAAAAGGGUUUUGCUCUUUCUUUUUUUGUUCAUUCGUGAAUAGUCAUUAAAAUAUUUCACCAUUGGACCCAAAAGUUUGUGUUAUUAGAAAAAAUCUACAAAUCAUAAAAUAACGUUAAAAUGUCCCUACGUCAGCUCGUCGAAGGCGAUUGUGGAGGUGCAAAUCCCCUCAUGAGAUUAGGCAAUCAAUUCAUGAAAGACGCAGCUCACAAAGAUGAGGGGAUAGUACAAGCUCAGUUUGAACAUAGCAUGCGCCAGGAUGAAGCAAUGAUUAAUGAGUUCUUGGGUCAGGUGGGCGGUCCUCCCCAGUCAUUUCACUUAGAAACUUUGUUACAGGAAAUGCGUGAAAUCGAAAAAACUGCCCAAAUAGGUAGCAAUCAUCUGCGGCCUGCCCCAAAAGUGAUAGAUCAAGUAGCCGGACAAUGGUCAAAGCAAUUGAGCGAUGAUAUUAAUGUACCCCCUGUUCCUUGUAAUGAAAGAAUGGUCCAUGUGCAACCGCAGCAGCAACAGCUUACAUAUGUGAGUGAAUUCUUUGAUGAUGAUACCUCAGCGGCACCAUCUCGCUUAGAAGGAGAGUUCCCGUAUUUGGCUAUUUGCCCGCCAUAUCGACCGCCGGUAUUUGAAGGAGAGCAAACAAAUCUAACUGAAAAAUUUUUUGACGAGGUCCAAGAUAUGGAAAAAACGACCGUCGAAGAUUGGAUACAUGAUUAUCAAGUUAGCAACGAGAGUAACGAGCAAAUGACGGCAAAUUAUAAUGAAAAGUUUUGGCAGCGUCUUCAGGAUGAAUGGUCCAAAUUAUCUGAAAAUUUCGAACAUCCUUGGCUUUCAGAAUUUGAUGAAAACUAUGAUCCCUAUAAGGAAUACAAAUUUGCUGAGGAUAAUCCGAUGCAAGAGGUGCCAGACGCUUUCGAGAAAGGCAAAGAGUACUUAGCUAAAGGUGACAUACCCAGCGCAGUGUUAUGUUUCGAGGUAGCUGCACAAAACGAUCCAGGCAAUGCUCAAGUUUGGGAAUUGUUAGGGAUUUCGCAAGCAGAAAAUGAAAUGGACCCCCAAGGAAUAGCUGCUUUAAAACGUUCUCUAGAAUUGGUGGCUGACAAUCCCCGUGUUAUAAUGGCUUUGGCUGUUUGCUACACUAAUGAAAGCAUGCAAUCGCAAGCAGUGAAGAUGUUACACAAUUGGUUGCAAAUAAAUCCCAAAUACCAACACCUGGUAACUACAGAAACUGAAACGUCCAAGGAUACGACUGCUGCUUCUUUUCCUUCGAGCAUAAUAAAAAGCAACAAAUUAGAGGAAGUACAAAAUUUAUAUUUGCAAGCCGUACGUCUUAACUCUCAGCAGAUAGAUCCUGAGGUUCAGGAAGCUCUAGGUGUAUUUUACAAUCUCUCUGCCGAGUAUGAUAAAGCUGUCGACUGUUUUCGAACCGCGUUACACGUGCAACCGCAAAAUGCCAAAAUCUGGAAUCGUUUAGGAGCUAGUUUAGCCAAUGGGUCACGCUCCGUAGAGGCUGUGGAAGCUUAUCAACGCGCCUUAGAACUCGAGCCUGGCUUCAUACGCGUACGCUACAAUGUAGGUGUGUGCUGUCUAAAUUUAAAAGCUUACAAGCAAGCCGUUGAACAUUUUUUGACCGCCUUAAAUAUGCAAGCGAAUGUGGCCGCCAAACCCGAAAUGCUCGCUGCUUCAGCUGCGGCCGCAAUAACUGUUGGCCAACAGCAUAUGUCAGAAUCAAUUUGGAGUACUUUAAAAAUGGUGAUAUCGUUAAUGGGACGCAAUGAUUUACAAGGCUACGUAAGUGACCGCAAUCUGCCUGCACUUAAUGAAGCGUUCAAAGACACCGAUGAAUAAAUUCCAUAAAUUUAAAUCUUUAAUUCAUACAUAUUAUUAAUACGUAAUUAGGCUAUUGUUUAUAAUGUCAAGAUGGGGUUUGUGUAAAAGUUUAUUCAAUAAAAAAUAUAUUUGAAAAGAAAGGGUAAACAAUUCCGUUUAUACACUUUUUAAAUAAGAAUACGUUCAACUUGCAGCAAGCGCUUUUUAAGAUAUUUGUUUUCUAGGAUUGGGAUUUCUUUCAACAAUUGAAACUUCUUGGGAAGAUACAUAGGUCUGUUUUCAAAAUAUUUUCUAAAACGUUAGCUUGUUGUAUAGAAAAAUUAGCUAAAUUCUACUUAGUGUUCCAAACCCUUGUUAAGAAUAUGCAAAGUGCGAGCUUUGCGAACUUGUUACGCUACGCACGUCGUCCGACCUAGUUUUCCGCUGGGCGCUUCAAGCUUCCACUUUGAACAUCUUAUAUUUUUUAGCUUGUCUCGGGUGAAUCCUCUAACAAUAUAUAAUAUAUUUUGUUUUACUUCCAAAGAGGGAAAAACAAUUCGAAAGCAAAAAAACAACUAACUUGUUAGAAUACCAUAACAACACGCUCGUUGCCAGCAUAUAGUCCACUCCGUACGCACUCUCCAAUUAAGAAGUCAGUUUUCAAAAAUUUGCUUAUCCUGCCUUUUAAAAAUAAAGAAGAUUCGAUGGCAAAACUUGUCCAUUUCGUCAUCAAGAGGAAUCAAACACUUUUCCUGAUCGAGUCGAGUUAUUCUUAUUUAUUCGCGUUAUCAUUUCUUUUCAUUGCAUUAAUUUGACUGAAGUCAUCCAAUAACGAAAUAUAUCGGCAAUAGGUAAUUGGUAAUGGAUGGAUUUCUAGCUCUUGAUAAUUGCGUUGAAUAUUUUUAGGCAUAAAAGCAAUGAGAUUUGAUGGUCGGUGAUAUUCCAAUUUUAACGGUGCAAACUGCAAUUAUUUCCAAGCGUCAAAGAUCAAAGCGAGCGGAAAUAUGUAAAAUUUCCGGCAGCAAAAUUCUUGUCAGUCAAAAUGCAGCCCGUGGCACUUAUUGUGUGAACCAAAUAUUGCCACUACUAACUGACUCGAAUGAUUUGUACCGAUCGGAAGAACUUUACUUCUUCGUAGCGGAAAAUAUAUAUUCGCCGAGAAAUUAAUUGAAUUU